CCGAACGAGUUCUUCAGCUCAGUUGUUUACAAUUUGUCGUUGAGGGUGGAUUAGUUCGUCGCGAGUUUCGUUUCGUGCAUGAUGCGGUUGUGGUUGUGGUUGAUUGUAUACAUACAUACUAUGCACAAAUCCAGUUCUCAUUUUGUUAUUUUACAAAUUCUCAGCGAGCGCAUGAACUGGAAGCCAAUAGCAAGCAGCUAAUCACAAAUAUUUUACAAUAUAUUCAUGGACUUAAAGGAAAUUUUAAACAGUCAAUCGAUUUUCUUAGUGGUGUUAUCGAAAAACAUUUUUCAUUUUUCAUUCACAUCCUAAAUCCCCCUUCCCUCUCUUACACACACACACACACACAAACACACAAACACGCACACACUCUCUCACUCAACAUCAUUAUCAUCAUCAGCUGAAGAGGAAUAAUAAUAAUCAACAGAAGCAUAAAUAAUAUAAAUAAUAAUCAUAAUGAUUUGCUUCAGAAAGAAACACUUUCUAUUGUGGCUAUUGCGUGCAAUAUGUAUGCUGCAUUUAACACCACAACGGGCAUAUGCCACAGUUGGACUACAAGGAGUGCCGACAUGGAUAUACCUUGGCCUCAAGUCACCAUUUAUUGAAUUUGGCAAUCAAAUUGAACAAUUAGCCAACUCCAGUAUACCAUUGAAUAUAACAAAAGAUGAACAGGCUAAUAUGCAUCAGGAGGGACUACGUAAGCUGGGCACGUUUAUAAAGCCAGUGGAUCUGAGAGACUCAGAGACUGGCUUCGUUAAGGCCGAUCUCACCAAAAGACUGGUAUUCGAUUCACCAAACAACAAUAUCACCACUCGCCCAAUACAUCCAAUACAAGAGGAAAUGGAUCAAAAGCAGAUAAUACUCCUUGACGAGGAUACCGAUGAGAAUGGCCUGCCAGCCAGUUUGACAGAUGAAGAUCGUAAAUUUAUUGUCCCAAUGGCAUUAAAGAAUAUAUCACCCGAUCCACGUUGGGUUGUUACCACACCGAAUCCCUCCUCAUCGCUACCAAAUGUUAAAGCCACAACAACUGUUCUGCCAUCGCCAAUGGCCCAGAUUGAGGGCGAUCCAACCUCUAAUAUCGAUGAUCUAAAAAAACAUAUACUAUUUUUACAUAAUAUGACAAAAACCAAUUCAAACUUUGAAUCAAAGUUUGUUAAGUUCCCAAGUCUGCAAAAGGACAAGGCAAAGACAUCAUCCGGUGGCCUGCCAACGAAUGUGAAACGUCCACAGCGACCGAUUCAUCAGUAUUCCGCACCCAUUGCCCCGCCAACACCAAAGGUUCCGGAUGGAGGUGGACCAUAUAACAGCCCAGGCGAACAACCUAUUGGUGGUUACUAUCAGAACGAGGAAUUAGCCAAUAAUCAAUCCUUUCUUAAACCAACAGAUACUGACACCUCCUCAAGUGCUGCGACGGCGGCAAACAAUAAUCGUAGACAGAAAACACCAAGUGAGCCUCAGGUGAUACUAUUGAACGAGACGAUGUCGACAAUGAUGCCAGAUGCCUCGCUAGAACCGGAUCGUAAUCCGGCGAUAAACCAACCAAAACUAGGUACACCGCUACGCACAACAAAACGUCCGCCAUGUCUACGUAACCCCGAGUCACCGAAAUGUAUACGUCAACGUCGUCGAGAGGAGCAACAAAGGCAACGGGAACGUGAUGAAUGGUUCCGAGGUCAGUCGCAAUAUAUGCAGCCUCGUUUCGAGCCUAUCAUACAAACAAUAAAUAAUACGAAGAGAUUUGCUGUAUCCAUCGAGAUACCAGACUCUUUUAAAGUAUCUGCUGAGGGAUCCGAUGGUGAGCUUCUCUCGCGAGUUGAACGCUCACCAUCAUCCAGUGGUAGCUUCAGCAGCAUCAGCAGCAGCAGUAGCAGCAGUAGCAGCAGCAGCAGCAGUAGCAGCAGCAGCAGUAGCAAUAGCAAUAGUAAUAGUAGAAAACUAAUGCCGCCAGACUAUAUUAAGGUAUCGAUGGAGAAUAAAUCCUUAACGGAUUACUUUAAACACGAUGUUGUGAUGGCAUCUGCAGAUGUUAUUGGCAGUGAUAGGGAUUUCCUUAUCAAGAAUAUGGAAGAACAUGGAGGAGGAGCAUCAUCAUUAUCAUCAUCAUCAUCUGAUCAUCACAAUGACACAGCUCCAACUGCAGAUGCAUAUUCGGAGACAAUCGAUCUUAAUCCAAAUAACUGCUAUAGCGCAAUAGGCCUUAGCAAUAGCCAAAAGAAGCAAUGUGUUAAGCAUACUAGUGUUAUGCCAGCAAUAAGUCGCGGUGCACGCGCUGCCAUCCAAGAAUGUCAAUUUCAGUUCAAGAAUCGACGCUGGAACUGUAGUACAACGAAUGAUGAAACCGUUUUUGGUCCAAUGACAAGCCUAGCAGCACCCGAAAUGGCCUUCAUUCAUGCUUUGGCAGCGGCAACGGUGACCAGCUUUAUAGCCAGAGCCUGCCGUGAUGGUCAAUUGGCAUCGUGCAGUUGCUCUCGUGGUACAAGACCCAAGCAGCUACAUGACGAUUGGAAAUGGGGCGGCUGUGGUGAUAAUCUAGAAUUUGCCUAUAAAUUUGCCACAGACUUUAUAGAUUCCCGUGAGAAGGAAACUAAUCGAGAGACUCGCGGCGUUAAGAGAAAACGCGAAGAGAUCAAUAAGAAUCGUAUGCAUUCGGAUGAUACGAAUGCUUUUAAUGUAGGUAACAAAAGAAAUAGAAAUGUAGAUGUUAAAAAUGAUACAAACACGAUGAUAGUACGAAAUGUUAGAAAAAGCACUGAGGCUGAUAACAGUCACUUACUUAACGAGAACUUCGAUCAGCAUUUAUUGGAACUGGAGCAGCGCAUCACCAAGGAGAUCCUAACAUCUAAAAUCGAUGAAGAGGAGAUGAUUAAGUUACAGGAGAAGAUCAAGCAGGAGAUCGUCAAUACCAAGUUCUUUAAGGGCGAUCAACAGCCGCGCAAGAAGAAACGAAAAAAUCAACGUGCUGCCGCCGAUGCUCCAGCAUUUCCCAGGAAUGGUAUUAAGGAUAACUACAAAGAUGGCAUCCUGCCACGCAGCUCGGCCACUAUAAAGGCUCGCAGUUUGAUGAAUUUGCACAAUAACGAGGCCGGACGUCGGGCCGUAAUUAAGAAGGCACGCAUAACCUGUAAAUGUCAUGGUGUUUCAGGAUCUUGUAGCCUGAUUACAUGCUGGCAGCAAUUAUCCUCGAUCCGUGAGAUUGGUGACUAUCUGAGGGAGAAAUACGAGGGUGCCACCAAGGUGAAGAUCAAUAAACGUGGACGUCUGCAGAUUAAGGAUUUGCAAUUUAAGGUACCAACCGCUCAUGAUCUGAUUUACUUGGAUGAAAGUCCAGAUUGGUGUCGGAAUAGCUACGCGCUGCAUUGGCCUGGAACACACGGACGUGUGUGUCAUAAAAACUCCUCGGGAUUGGAAAGCUGUGCCAUAUUGUGCUGCGGCCGGGGCUAUAAUACAAAGAACAUUAUAGUUAACGAACGCUGUAAUUGCAAAUUUCACUGGUGUUGCCAGGUUAAAUGUGAGGUUUGUACAAAGGUACUCGAGGAACACACAUGUAAAUAGAAAGAGAGUGAUUAGAGCGUUGAAAUUCAAAUGUCUUAAUGUUUGUGACUAAGCCAUGAAAGGAAUAAUCGUAUUUAAACAAUUAAUUAUUUAUUGAAAACAAAUUACAUUUAAAUUAAUGAUUGUAUUUAAUAAUUUCAACUAAUUUACCGGCUUUUAAGCACUACCAAAAUAAAUUCAAUCCCCCCUCUCUUAAAUUGCAAAACACAAAAAAAAAAAAACAAAACAAAAACCUAAAAAAAAACACACACACAAAUUGCU